CAAAAAACAACAACCGCGCGGGGUCCUCAGCGCAGGUCCCUGCAGUAGCUUCCGCUUACGCCCAUCACCUAACGGAAGUGGCUUUCUUUAUGCUGUGACCGAGUCUCGGCAUUAACUCGUCGAACCCCUCCCCUUUGUGUAAGUUUUUAGAGAGGGAGGCAUCACCAUGACCGAGAAUGAUGUUGACAAUGAGCUGCUGGAUUAUGAAGAUGAUGAGGUGGAAAACCAAGCAGCUGGAGAAGGGGUGGAUGUCCCAUCUAAGAAAGACGUCAAGGGAUCCUAUGUCUCCAUCCACAGUUCUGGCUUCCGUGAUUUCCUAUUAAAACCAGAACUCUUGCGUGCCAUCGUUGAUUGUGGCUUUGAGCACCCUUCAGAAGUGCAACACGAGUGUAUCCCACAGGCGAUCUUGGGCAUGGAUGUCCUGUGCCAGGCCAAGUCUGGCAUGGGCAAGACUGCUGUCUUUGUUCUCGCUACACUUCAACAGUUGGAACCAAUAACAGGACAGGUUUCUGUGCUGGUGAUGUGUCACACGCGUGAACUGGCCUUCCAGAUUAGUAAAGAAUACGAACGGUUCUCCAAGUACAUGCCUAGUGUCAAGGUGGCAGUGUUCUUUGGAGGCCUGUCCAUCAAGAAGGAUGAAGAGGUUCUGAAGAAGAACUGCCCCCACAUUGUGGUGGGGACCCCGGGCCGCAUCCUGGCUUUGGCCCGCAACAAGAGCCUUAACCUCAAACAUAUCAAGCAUUUCAUCCUGGACGAAUGUGACAAAAUGCUUGAGCAGCUUGAUAUGCGUCGAGAUGUCCAGGAGAUCUUCCGCAUGACCCUGCAUGAAAAGCAGGUCAUGAUGUUCAGUGCUACUCUCGGCAAGGAAAUCCGCCCAGUGUGCCGCAAAUUCAUGCAAGACCCUAUGGAGAUCUUCGUGGAUGACGAGACCAAGCUGACACUGCACGGUCUGCAGCAGUACUAUGUCAAACUGAAAGACAACGAGAAGAACCGCAAGCUGUUUGACCUGCUUGAUGUGCUGGAGUUCAACCAGGUGGUCAUCUUUGUGAAGUCUGUGCAGCGUUGCAUAGCUCUGGCUCAGCUCUUGGUGGAGCAGAACUUCCCAGCCAUUGCCAUCCAUAGGGGCAUGCCCCAGGAAGAGAGAUUGUCACGGUACCAGCAGUUCAAAGAUUUCCAGCGUCGUAUCUUGGUAGCCACCAAUCUGUUUGGUCGUGGCAUGGAUAUUGAGCGGGUCAACAUCGCUUUCAACUACGAUAUGCCAGAGGAUUCGGACACUUAUUUGCACCGGGUGGCUCGUGCUGGUCGCUUUGGCACAAAGGGCCUGGCAAUCACUUUCGUGUCAGAUGAGAACGAUGCUAAGAUCCUAAAUGAAGUGCAGGAUCGCUUCGAAGUGAACAUCAGUGAACUGCCUGACGAAAUCGAUAUCUCUUCCUACAUUGAACAGACCCGAUAAAAUGGGAGGAGGGCUCGCCUCUCCAUGUUGACCUUGGUUUUAAUUCCUGACCUCUGCCACUUUCCUGAAACUUCACAUUUAAUUUCACCUGAUGGAGAAAGAAGUGACUUGACUGUCUGGAAUACAAACCCACCCCGGUCCUGUGGCAAGGAGAGAAGAGCUCCUGUCACUUAGCUACGCGUAGUAGUGAAAACGAGGCUGAUCACAACAAACCUCCAUUGCUCAUUGAGAGAGAGAGCUCUUUGGGGUUGGAAGCCUCCUUGCUUGACCGGCACCCAAGACGAAAGGAGCAAUUUCCUGUCGAUGCUUUUAAUACAAAAAAGAGACUUGACUUUCAGACGGAUGUUCUCACUGCCUGCCUACCAGAAAGGGUUUUUUUUUUUUUUUUUGGGUGGGAGUGGGAUUCCACAUGUUGCAUUGCUCCACUGUGUUCUCCAGUCAGCAGGUCAUCUUCCCCACUGCUCUGACGGGAAGCACAAAAGAAAAGGGGGAGGGAGCUGAGGUGUGUGUGGGGGGUUUGCUCUUGUGAAUUUGUGGCAUUCAAAAAUUGUGUUUUGUUUUAAAUGAGGUGACUUCCUCGAAUGGGAGAAACUUACGAAAACGAGCUUCCUUUUAUAACAUUCUCUCAUGCCAUUUUAAAAUCCACUUUUAAUAUUUUUCCCCCCUCCCGUGUAUUCCUCAUGGCUUUCAACUUUGUCUGCAUGUUAACAUUACUUCCAUCCCUGCUGGUAUCUUCUGGCGGGUAAACUAGUAGUGAAAGUUAGUCAUGUUUUAGCUAUGGCUUGUUCUCUCUCUCUCUUUCUCUCUCACUCUCCCACCCUUUGAGACCCUCUUAUUAUUAUUUUUGGUAAUAAAGGAGCCCAGCUCUUAAGGGUGACUGAUUAAACUAGUCUUGUGAAUAAACAUUUUGCUGGUAUUUCGUUUUUUAGGAUUUUGGCUCCAUUGCAUCUAACAUAACUGUUGUUUUUUCUUACUGUGAACACACUGGCCCACAUUAAAUAUGAAAUUCUGUUGCCUGCUCUCAAGAUGCUAUAUGGAACAAAACUGACUGAAACUGGACUGAAUCAGAUGCCUGAGAAGUAUUUAUUCAGGUGGAUGUAAAACCAGCAGUAAGAGGACCAAGUUCAAAAUUGGACAGUCACUUGUACGCUAAGGCCUGAGUGAUUACAACUGGCCUUUUAGUGAAUACUUGGUUAAUAACAGCUAUGAGAAUGUGAGGAUGCAUGAUUGAUUCAUCUGGGCCAUGUACAAGUAGUCCUUGACUUAUGACCUUAAUGGAGCCUGCUUACCACAGUUGUAUUUGCGGCAGUCAUUUAAGCAAAUCAUCCUGGUUUGUUAAAUGAAGAUGGUUAUUAAAUGAACACUGAUCAUUAAGCAAACCGAUGGCUUGCUAUGGACAUUAAGCAAAUUGAUGGCUACGCUAUAUGUAAUUGCCAAAACCUGGAAGCGCAAGUAUUCAAUAAAACAUUUGUGAAACAUGA